UGGCACGCAUUACUAAGAUGCGCCGACGGGGUUUUAUCUACAACGAAGAAUCGUCUCUCCAACAACUCACACUUAGGUGGUGACCGCCACACCCACCCCUCUCUUCCAUUAUAUACAGAAGAAUUGCUGACACCAUGACCAUGCAAGUGCAUUCUUGCCUUUUACAGUACCUUCAUUAAUACCCUCACCUUCCUCUAUUUAUUGCCCAUCUUUUCAUUCAUUAUACUGCCUCUGUAAUUUCAUCCUCUUUCGUUCGUGCAUGCUUAAGAAAAACUACCUUUAAAGAGUAAAAAUAUGGCUGCUCCGAUAAAUACUUGGUCCUUGAAUUUGAUGGUAUUUUUUUUAUGGACUCCACAGUUUUGCAUUGGGAAUUUUGUUCAAUCUCAGUGUUUAAAUGUUCCGGCAUCGGAAUUUGUAGGCUCAGUGAGGUCUACGGUCGAGGCGGUCGAGCAGGUAAUGUCCAUUGUAUCCAAAAUUUCCGGCAUAUUUGGCGAUGAUCGCCGGCUGUCCACUGCCAUUUCUGACUGUCUUGAUCUUCUUGACUUUUCGAUGGAUGAGCUGAGCAUGACACUCUCCGUUUCUCAGAAAUCAAAGGGUAAGGAGAAUAGCACUGGGAAUUUGAGUGCUGACAUGAAAACAUGGCUAAGUGGGACAUUGACUAACCAAGACACUUGCCUAGAAGGUUUUGAGGGCACAAACAGCUUUGUCAAGAAUUUGGUGUCGGGUACCCUGAGCCGAAUCACGUCAUUAGUCCGUGACAUGCUUUCCAUGGUGCGCCCAUCUCCUAAUAAAGCACCGUCCAAAGGUGCCAGUUCUAGCGGCAGUGGCGGUCGGUCAGGUGGCAGAAAGCUUGUAUCCAAUGACCAAUUUCCAUAUUGGCUCAAAUCCUUUGACCGGAAACUCCUUCAAGCCACCAACGGUGUGACACCAAAUGUGGUGGUCGCUAUAGAUGGCACUGGGAAUUUCACGAGCAUAAUGGAUGCUGUUUCAAGUGCUCCCGAUUAUAGCACCCAAAGAUAUGUUAUAUAUAUAAAGAAAGGUGUGUACAGAGAAAAUGUAAAUAUCACUAAGAAGAAAUGGAACAUUAUGAUGAUCGGAGAUGGCAUAGAUGUUACAGUUAUUUCGGGGAAUCGAAACUAUGUUGAUGGCUGGACCACGUACAGUACGGCAACAUUUGCUGUUAAAGGGAAAGGUUUCAUAGCACGGGACAUGACUUUCGAGAACACUGCCGGGCCUGAAAAGCACCAAGCAGUGGCCUUCCUAUCAGAUUCCGACCUCUCGGUGUUGUACCGUUGUGGUAUGAGGGGGUACCAGGACACAUUAUAUGCACACUCGAUGCGCCAAUUCUUCAGAGAAUGUGAAAUUACUGGAACAAUCGAUUUUAUGUUCGGUGAUGGUACCGUUGUCUUCCAAAAUUGUCAAAUUCUAGCCCGAAAGGGCCUUCCAAAUCAGAAGAACACCAUAACUGCGCAAGGUCGCAAGGAGUCGGGAGAAAAUACGGGCUUUUCCAUCCAGUUUUGUAACAUAUCGGCAGAGUCCGAUGUGCUAGCAUCAUUGAACUCUACACCAACCUACUUAGGUCGACCGUGGAAACAGUAUUCUCGUACUGUAAUUAUGCAAUCAUACAUUAGCAAUGCCAUUAGGCCUGAAGGAUGGCUCGAAUGGAAUGAGACAUUCGCAUUUGAUACUUUAUUCUAUGGUGAAUACAUGAAUUACGGCCCCGGAGCUGGUUUUGGCAGUCGAGUGAAAUGGCCUGGUUACCAUGCAAUUAAUGACUCGGCUCAAGCAAGUACUUUCACAGUGUCUCAGUUCAUAAUGGGAAAUACAUGGCUCCCUUCUACUGGAGUUAAGUACAUCGCGGGCUUGUCAAUUUGACGUGCAUUUUUUCGGGCUCUUGGAUUGAACUUUGUAUGUAGUGAACAUGAAGAAAGUUAAUUUUGUCAUGGCAUUGAUUCGUUUUUAUAUGGGUCUUCUUUCCUUUGUGUUUCAGGAUUAAAUACGAAUUUGGGGUGAUAUUUUUUUGUUCUAUAAAAUUUGAUGAUAAUCUUCAUUGGUUGUUCACUCGUA